GAAGUAGAAAAUCUUUCAUGGUCAUUUAUGCAAUCACAAGGCAACCAGAUGGAUAAAGCUUUUCCAAUUUCAGUCCAACCCAACUGGUAUAGUUCAGACUUAAGCCUAGUUUGUAAUUAAAUCCACUAUCUCCUAUUCUCUUCAACCAAACAGUCCUUAAACCCUGAUUUGGAGGGUUUAUUCUGGAACCUAAAACCCUAAUAGCAGAACCAAAGAAAAAAAAAACAAGAGAAGCCAUGAAGGAAGCACGUGCUCAGCCCGUGUGGCGGCAAGAAGCUUUGGAUUUACUGAAUUGCGUCACUCAAUCUCCCUUUGAUCAAGAAAAAUGCACCAGUCUCUUGCUCUCUCUCAGAGAGUGCGUCCUCGAUGAGAAUCUGUUCUCCAGCAAAUGCCAACAAGCAUUCCUAAAAAUGAGGAAUUCUGUCAGAAUAACCGCACAGCAAAUGCCAACAAUUAUUCUUUGUUUGAAGCUUCCCUUCUCCUUAAUCGUUAUAUAUUUAUAUGCACUUGAAUCAUCCACACGAAAAUCAAGACAGAAUAUUCUCUUUUCCCUUUUCAUUUUUUAA